UCGUUACGGUUGCCAGCAUUGUUCGUUCUUCGCGAAAUGAACGCAUCGAGACGCUCGGAAGAAUGUUCUUUGAAAAUCUACGUUAAAAUUUAUGGAACUUCUCGCGUUCAUGAUAGGUUUUGUUGUGUGUGUGCUAGAGAAUUAAAUUUAAAUUAUAACUCAUUGUGUAUAAGUGAUUGUAGUGGGUGACGAAUAUACUAAGGAUAAGUGCGUCGAAAGUUGAAACAUGGUGCCGCUAGGGCCCGGGCCAGGCCAUACUGCCGCUCAUCAAACGCACGGUGGGCCUUCAACAAAUUUGUCCGGCCCAAAUUCGUUAUCACAGAGUUCCUCACAGUCAAACAAGUCAUCGGUGGCGAAGCCGAAUUAUACGCUCAAAUUUACGCUUGCGGGCCAUACUAAAGCUGUAUCAUCUGUUAAAUUUAGUCCGAAUGGAGAAUGGCUUGCUAGCUCUUCUGCUGAUAAACUUAUUAAGGUGUGGGGAGCUUAUGAUGGCAAAUUUGAGAAGACUAUAUCAGGACAUAAAAUGGGCAUCAGCGAUGUGGCUUGGUCUUCAGAUAGCAGGCUAAUUGUUAGUGCAAGUGAUGAUAAAACCCUUAAGGUUUGGGAGCUAAGUUCAGGAAAAUGUCUAAAGACGCUUAAAGGACACAGCAAUUAUGUUUUCUGUUGCAAUUUCAAUCCACAAAGUAAUCUUAUUGUCUCUGGUAGUUUUGAUGAGAGUGUUCGGAUAUGGGAUGUCAGAACAGGAAAAUGUUUAAAAACACUACCAGCGCAUUCAGAUCCAGUGUCCGCAGUGCAUUUCAACAGAGAUGGAAGUCUUAUUGUAUCUUCAAGUUAUGAUGGUCUAUGCCGAAUUUGGGAUACAGCCUCCGGUCAGUGCCUUAAAACACUCAUAGACGAUGACAACCCGCCAGUGUCCUUUGUCAAGUUUUCACCGAAUGGCAAGUACAUUCUAGCGGCGACUUUGGACAACACAUUGAAACUAUGGGACUACAGUCGGGGCAAGUGCCUCAAGACCUACACUGGACAUAAGAAUGAGAAAUAUUGUAUUUUCGCAAACUUCAGCGUUACUGGCGGAAAGUGGAUAGUAUCAGGCUCGGAGGACAACCUGGUGUACAUAUGGAAUCUGCAAUCAAAAGAGAUUGUGCAGCGACUAUCGGGGCAUACAGACACGGUGCUGUGCACGGCUUGCCAUCCCACUGAGAAUAUUAUCGCCUCUGCCGCACUUGAGAACGACAAGACGAUCAAGCUUUGGAAGAGCGACACCUAGUGAAAGUGUGAUUUAUAAGUGACCUGCAUAUUGUGGCUUCAUAUUGUGAGCCAGGCCCUUUGGCUUGUGAAUAAUUUAUUGAAUAAGUUCAAAUUUACGAAACUACGGACAAUCGGACAUGUUUCAUUUAUGCUAAGUCAAUCACGAGUGUGAGUUUUCAUUUGUUUACAUAUUUUUGUACUUGACAUACAAGUGAAAGAGAUAUUUAGCUAUUUACGAAUAAGUAUUGAGAUGUUAAGGAUCAGCUUAAAAUUUAACUUGUUGGAUGCAAUUAAAAGUAUAGUAGUUC